AACAGCCCCAGAGCUGCCAUUUCGAGUGUGACAUUAUCCUCCCAUGUCCCCUCUCUGGGCCUCGAUUUCCCUAUGUGCAGAGAGGGAGCAGUGACCUACACGGUCUUCCCAGUUUUGCCAUUGUGGUGAUGUCACUAUACUGGACCCUCCAAUGACUCAGGGAUGUUACCCGUGUUUUGCUAAGGCUACAGCUUGUAGCCAGAGAAAGCCCUAAACCCAUGUCCCAGGGUCUCCUCUGAGCUUCAGAUCCCCAUUGAGAAGGAAAAUAUACCAGUUUCUGGGUUUGGCCCCUCCCCCCAUCGCCAUAUCUUCAUCCUACUUCGCUUGUGCCUUCCCCAGCCUCGUGGGUUGAAAGUGUCCCUCAAAUACCUAGGUAGUCCUCCAGGCAGGACUCCAGGGGUGUUCCUUAGGAAACUGAGGAACUCUCACCCCUUGAACACCACGAGCUUGCUCACACAGUGGCACUCAGCGAUGACUUUGGCUCUGCUCUCCCCUCCUCCAUCUCCCACGAGCUUCCAGCCCAGAACACCUGGCCAGACCCAGGUCGGGGGAGUUAGAUCCCGGGGUCAAGCAACCAGAACUGGGGGCUCUUGCCUGAGGACUCCAGCUUCUCUUCCCAGGUGCCCGUCUGAUGGGGAGAUGGCUGAUGCCCAGAACAUUUCACUGGACAGCCCAGGGAGUGUGGGGGCCGUGGCAGUGCCUGUGGUCUUUGCCCUAAUCUUCCUGCUGGGCACAGUGGGCAAUGGGCUGGUGCUGGCAGUGCUCUUGCAGCCUGGCCCGAGCGCCUGGCAGGAGCCCGGCAGCACCACGGACCUGUUCAUCCUCAACCUGGCGGUGGCUGACCUCUGCUUCAUCCUGUGCUGCGUGCCCUUCCAGGCCACCAUCUACACGCUGGAUGCCUGGCUCUUUGGGGCCCUCGUCUGCAAGGCCGUGCACCUGCUCAUCUACCUCACCAUGUACGCCAGCAGCUUCACGCUGGCUGCUGUCUCCGUGGACAGGUACCUGGCCGUGCGGCACCCGCUGCGCUCGCGCGCCCUGCGCACGCCGCGCAACGCCCGCGCCGCAGUGGGGCUGGUGUGGCUGCUGGCGGCGCUCUUCUCGGCGCCCUACCUCAGCUACUACGGCACCGUGCGCUACGGCGCGCUGGAGCUCUGCGUGCCCGCCUGGGAGGACGCGCGCCGCCGCGCCCUGGACGUGGCCACCUUCGCUGCCGGCUACCUGCUGCCCGUGGUCGUGGUGAGCCUGGCCUACGGGCGCACGCUACGCUUCCUGUGGGCCGCCGUGGGUCCCGCGGGCGCGGCGGCGGCCGAGGCGCGGCGGAGGGCGACGGGCCGCGCGGGGCGCGCCAUGCUGGCGGUGGCCGCGCUCUACGCGCUCUGCUGGGGUCCGCACCACGCGCUCAUCCUGUGCUUCUGGUACGGCCGCUUCGCCUUCAGCCCGGCCACCUACGCCUGCCGCGUGGCCUCGCACUGCCUGGCCUACGCCAACUCCUGCCUCAACCCGCUCGUCUACGCGCUCGCCUCGCGCCACUUCCGCGCGCGCUUCCGCCGCCUGUGGCCGUGCGGCCGCCGACGCCGCCACCGCGCCCGCCGCGCCUUGCGGCGCGUCCGCCCCGCGUCCUCGGGCCCACCCGGCUGCCCCGGAGACGCCCGGCCUAGCGGGAGGCUGCUGGCUGGUGGCAGCCGGGGCCCGGAGCCCAGGGAGGGACCCGCCCACGGCGGAGAGGCUGCCCGAGGACCGGAAUAAACCCUGCCGCCUGGACUCCGUCUGUGUCCGUCUGUCUCACUCCCGUUCUCCGAAGGCGGGACCCCACCGCGCCAGGGAUGGGGCAAUGCCACGAGCUCUCUGAGGGGCGUUGAGUGGAGCGACUUGUCCCCGCAGCACAGCGGAGCACCAGCCCAGUGGACACCCCUGGGUGUGAAUAUGGACAGCACAGCCCGCCCCCAGCAGGGCAGCCCCCAGAGCCUGCCCAGAGCCAGCCUGGCAGUCCCUCUGCCCAUCCUUCCAACUGGGUGACACCUAGGCCCUGCUUCCUCCACCACCUCUUAACUAUCUCCUUGGUUCCAAGCUCAGUCCUAGAGAUGGGGUUUCACCGUGUUGGCCAGGCUGGUCUUGAACUCCUGACCUCAAGCGAUCCGCCCGCAUUGGCCUCCCAAAGUGCUGGGAUUACAGACAUGAGCCACCGUGCCCAGCCCAGAGGUAACAUUUGACAUGUAUUUUCUUGGAGAAAGGUGGGGAGGGGCAUGCCAGGUACAGCAACAGCCUGUGCAAGGCAGGGGACGUGCAGGGCAGUAAGUGGCUCCUGCAGCUGAGGCAGGGAGAGAUUGGGGCAGGGGAGGCCUGGAGGGCAGGAGCUUCAUCCUUCAGGCAGAUGGUGAUGCACUGAAGGUUUUCAGGAGAGGAGGGGGCCUAUCAGAUGUGCAGUUCAGAAAGCCCCCAGGGCUGCUGUGUACAAGCUGGGAUGGAGGCCUAGACUUGGCAGAGGACUCAGAUCAGGUGGGUUCUCCUGGGCCCUUCUUGGAAGUGAGGAGACCGGUAAAGAGUCUGCUCUGUGAGCUCUGUUGAGGAAAGCCAACGAGGCCUGGCCUAGGACUGGGAAGAUAUUUUUGCCGUGGACUUGGCAGGAAGAUGGAUGGCCUGCUGCCAGGCUUGGGCUUGGUUCCCGAGGCUCCGAGGUUUGCUUCAGGGGGCUAAUGAAACACUUGGAAGAGCAGAUGGUCGUAAUAAUAAUAACUCAGGAGAGAAUUGUGUGUCCAAUAGAGCCCAAGGCAGGCAAGAGGGUCGGAGUGGAGGCUGAAUUGAGUCCUGGCCACUGCUCCCCAGGGCCUGAGAGAACCCUCCUGAUCUGAGCCCUCUGUCAAGUGUAGGGCUGAGCCUGGGGCAACCCUGGGGACCUGGAAAGGCACUUUUCUUAGUUGGAAGGAGGUUUGGAUUCUACAACCUUCUUAACCUUCCUGUUUGUGCAAACCUCUUAAGAAGAGGCCUGGCCGGAUCACGAGGUCAGGAGAUCGAGACCAUCCUGGCUAACACAGUGAAACACCAUAUCUACUAAAAAUACAAAAAAUUAGCUGGGCGUGGUGGCAGGCACCUGUAGUCCCAGCUACUCGGGAGGCUGAGACAGGAAAAUGGCAUGAACCUGGGAGACAGAGCUUCCAGUGAGCCGAGAUCACGCCACUGCACUCCAGCCUGGGGGACAGAGCGAGACUCCGUCUCAAAAAAAAAAAAAAAAUUACUCUUUAGGGGGCCUGGCGCAGUAGCUCAUGCCUGUAAUCCUAGCACUUUGGGAGGCUGAGACAGGUGGAUACGAGGUCAGGAGUUCAAGACCAGCUUGGCCAAGAUGCUGAAACCCCAUCUCUACUAAAAAUACAAAAAAAAAUUGGUCGGGCUUGGUGGUACACACCUGUAAUCCCAGCUACUCGGGAGGCUGAGGCAGGAGAAUCGCUUGAACCCAGGCAGCAGAGGUUGCAGUGAGCCAAGAUCGCGCCACUGCACUCCAGCCUGGGUGACAGAGCAAGACUCUGUCUCAAAAAAAGAAAAAAAAGAUUUACUCUUUAGGGAGCUCUUUCUGGCUGCCCAGGCAGGCUUUCAUAGGGAGGAAGUACAGAGUGUGCUGACUGGAGCAGAGAGAUCAGUCAGGAGGCUCGUGUGAGAAUCCAGAGAGAAAGACAUAGAGGCAUUGGAAGUGGUGGGGAGACAUGGACAGAUGGGUCAGCCACUUAGGAGGUACAAUUGCUAGGACUUGGUGACUGUUGGAGGGUAAGGAGGAGAGACGUGUCCCAGAUGACACCCCAGACUUCUGGCUUGGGCUAUUUGGGGGUGGCAGUGGGGAUAACU